UGGCCCAGAGCCCACUGUGUCUGUGUGGCCGCAGGCAUGGCGCGCUCGCCGCGGGAGAGGCAGCAGGUGCCUGCAGCCAGAGGUACACCAGUGUGCAACUUGCAUCUCUUUGUCUUCCCAGCCAUGUCUCAAGCUGUCCAGACGAAUGGGACACAACCUUUAAGCAAAACAUGGGAGCUUAGCUUGUAUGAAUUGCAAAGAACACCUCAGGAAGCAAUCACCGAUGGCUUGGAAAUAGUGGUGUCACCCAGGAGCCUACACAGUGAGCUAAUGUGUCCCAUCUGUUUGGAUAUGUUAAAAAACACCAUGACGACAAAAGAAUGUUUGCAUCGCUUCUGUGCUGACUGUAUCAUUACAGCCCUCAGGAGUGGCAACAAAGAAUGUCCCACGUGUCGUAAAAAGCUAGUUUCGAAAAGAUCACUGAGACCAGAUCCCAAUUUUGAUGCUCUCAUCAGUAAAAUUUAUCCAAGCCGAGAUGAAUAUGAAGCUCAUCAGGAGAGAGUUCUAGCAAGAAUCAGCAAGCACAAUAACCAGCAAGCUCUGAGUCACAGCAUUGAGGAGGGAUUAAAGAUUCAGGCUAUGAACAGGCUACAGAGGGGCAAGAAACAACAGAUUGAGAAUGGCAGUGGAGCAGAAGAUAAUGGUGACAGUUCACACUGUAGCAAUGCCUCAACACACAGCAAUCAGGAAGCAGGGCCUAGCAAUAAGAGGACCAAAACAUCAGAUGAUUCUGGGCUAGAACUGGACAAUAACAACACAACUGUGUCAAUAGACCCCGUAAUGGAUGGUGCUAGUGAAAUUGAAUUAGUCUUCAGGCCUCAUCCAACCCUCAUGGAGAACGAUGACAGUGCACAGACAAGAUACAUCAAGACCUCGGGCAACGCCACCGUUGAUCACUUGUCCAAGUACCUGGCUGUGAGAUUGGCUUUGGAGGAGCUUCGUAGCAAAGGAGAAUCAAACCAGAUGAACCUCGACACGGCCAGUGAGAAGCAGUAUACCAUUUACAUUGCUACUGCCAAUGGGCAGUUCACUGUACUGAAUGGGUCCUUUUCCUUGGAACUGGUCAGUGAGAAGUACUGGAAAGUGAACAAACCCAUGGAACUGUACUAUGCACCAACAAAGGAACAUAAAUAAGCUUUUCUGGAAAACUGGAAUGGGACUAACUCUUUUUAUAGCUAUGACUUCUUUAAUAUUACAAGAAGGCACCACCAUUAUCUUCAUGAACAAUACAUGUAAUGCCUUCAGGCUCUCUCAGUAUACUUAUUAAUAUGAUUAGACAGUAUUUUGGGUUGUAUUUAAUUUAGUCUUUGUUUUGGGUUUUUGGAUUUUCCCUAGGAGACUAAAUGACCUUCUCCAGUGCAUUCCAGUGUUUGACAUGCUUUUUUGUUCCUAAUGCAUGAUAACUGAACGAGUGUUCCAGUUUGGAAUGUCUUAAUUUUGUCCAGGUAAAUCUGGAUUUCUAAUACAUUUGACACAGUUAUAGUAGCCUCUGUGAAGUAUUGAGCAUUGGAUGGCUAAGUAAGUCUAUUCAAUAGUAACAUAUGCCAAGGAAUGUGUUAAAUGUUGUACUUUGCUAAUGGUUAUCCAUAUAAAAGAAUGGUAGAGAAUUGAUUUCUGAUAGUCUUGCAGCUAGAGGUAAUCUGAUUCCCUAGAAAAAGAUUUAUUAGUCAUUUUCUUGUGAACAAAUAGAGCUGUAGCAAGAAAACUGACACUUUAAAACCUUGCUGUUUUAAACAGUGUUUUAACUCAGUGUAAGGUGAUUCAUGAGAUUUGGUUUGCUUUUUAACAAGUAUUUUGGACAAAAAAAACCCCAAACAACCCAAACCUGUAACUCUCCUUCAUGUAGAAGAUGCCAAUCCCGAUGCACACUGCAGCUUCCUGUCUGGCCCUGCUGCAGUGUUACCCUGCCCUCAUGAGAUCCACUGGAGAAAAUCUUCCCCAAGUUUUACAGCCCUGCUCUGUUCCCUACAAUAACAGAUUCUUGCAGCGAAUGUAUUGGAAUCUUCUGUAAAGAAUAUUUUAAAGCAAAUCCCCGAAAUUCCACCUCACAGACAUAAUGUAACAUGGAAAUGCUUUGCUUUAUGGAAUUGGUGCUACCCCAGCUGUGAGCUUAUCUGGGCUUCAGUUUGAGUAGGGAGGACUUCAACCGUAAGCUGCUUGAAGAUUAUAUUAUUAAAUUUUUUUCCUCUUUUUUUUUUUUUUUCCCAUAGCUUUAACAAAUGUGGCUUAGCACUUUUGAAGACAAUUUUAGUACUUGACAAAGUUUACCAUUUAGUGUCUUAAAUAUAGGUUCAAGUUUUAAAACUUGGCAGUAGGCUGUUGUGUGAAGUCCAGUAGCUGCUGUUCAUUUGCAUGUUAAACUCCUCUUCCCUCGCUCUGGACCUUGCUGUCACUUAAUGGGGGUUGCUCUACCUCUUGGCAUUGUGUCUGAAGGGAAACGAUAUGACCGCCAGAUUCCCUUUGCUCUAAGACUUGCUGAUGAAGCCUUUACCCUGUUGCACCUGGAGCUAGAAGCAAAAAAAAAAUGUGGCGGAUACGUGAGAAGUGACAUCCUCUAAACUGUAUGGUAUUGAUUGCUGUCUUGCCUGUAGUCAGACUGGUUUGGGCACGUGGUACGCAGGUAUUCAGGCGCUCGGGGAUUCUCUUAGGAAGGAAGGAGCCCUCCCUCGCUUCCGUCUUUCAAGCCUAGCACUUGUAAAUACGUGUCCAUUCCAAAUCAGCUUUAUCCUGAUGUGAAAACUCCACAGGCUUCUUUAGGUAACUUAAUUAUUUUAUCUUACUGGAAAGACUUGGGUUUUUUGUGCCAUGAAAUGGAAGCUUUCAGGCCCCGGAACACAGAGGGGGCAGUUUUUAAAGAAAUAACAUUAUUCAUUACUUUCUGGUGAAACAUUGCGUUGUAUAGACUAGUAGUGCAUGUCCACUAAAUAUAAUCUGGGGGGUGGAGGAGCUGUGAUUAUAAAUGCUUUAAAAUUUAAGGAGAAACUUCUAGAUUAGUUGCAGCAUACCUUCCCAUUGUGAUAGCUAAGGUAAUGUCCAGUCCCUUAAGCAAGAGAGGUGUUUGUGAAGCUGAGCAGUCUGUCUAGGAGCUGUCUGUCACUUUGUCCCCAGUUCUUUAAAAAGCGUGGGAGAAUGUGAAGCUUUUAUUUUCAUGUUGUAGUGAAUUUACUGAAUAUUUAUGUUCUUUAAGUACUAUAUAUAUAAUGUAGUUGUUUUAUUAAACCAUUGAUUGCACUGUGACUCUUUAGUGCUAUAAACUAUUUUAUUUUCAAAAUUACUUUACUCUUCCACCUUUUAAAGCCAUGCUAUUUUUAAAGUACGUAACGUGUUAGGUACGGGUAAGUCUGAUAGCUCUGGUAUCAAAUUAAAGUCACACUGAAAUUCUCAAAUUGACAAUAAAAGCAAAAAUGUUAACAAC